GUAGCACUCCACCACAGCGUGCACUCGACCAUGGCCUCCGAUCUUCCGCCGCACGCCAACUCGAAGACAACCCUUCUGUACGACGGAGACGUACAAGAUGCUCGUCAAAUAGAUGGGAAAAUCUGGUUUGCAGUUGAUGGACAAGCAAUCCUCACACGAGAGCAACAGACGCGGGGUAUCUCGCAACUCAGACCGGCGUCGGGUACGACCGCCCAUACCAUGGCAUCAGCUCACGUGGUUGCUGGCGGGUUGCAACCUAGCAGCAGCUAUGAUGCCGAUCCAGCAGGCGGAGGAACUGCAUCUGGACUGUCAUCUCCGGAAUCCGCUCUGCUCAUGAAAGCAGCGCAAGUCAGCCAAACCUUCGCUGCGGUGACGGCGCUGCCACCGGGCAUCCAUGUAAUGUGUUACGUGCCGCCUUCAACUGACGACGCUGAUGAGAAGCCGGCAGCUGUUGAUGCUGGCGGGAAACCGGUAGCGACGGCCGGUGGUUGGUCCGCCCUGUGGCGCGACAUCCGAUCCGGUACCGGUCAGGCGGAAGAAGCCAAGCGAUUGGCAUGGCAAACACCGUGCCUGAGCCUGCUGGGUGAUGCGGCAAGCUCCCUCUCAUCCGCGGCGAUCUCGUCCCUUGCUGACAGCGCAUCGCGUGGGGGGUGGGCCCUUGUGCCGUGCGCGUCGUCCAGUAACUUGGUCUGCGAGUUGGCGAGCGGCGGGGCAAAAGGAGAUGGCGGGCAGGUGGCGUGGUUACAUCUUGCGGAGGACGCGCAGGCUCCUGCUACUGGUGUCGCCGUGACCGACAGUCUGCUGCUCACGUCCCUAGGCGGCGCCGAGGUGGAGGUAAUCUCGGAGGCUCAUCGCAUCUUACUCGACGGUGUUCUCUCCGGCUACGACUUGAGCGUCGCGCCUCCGAACAACGCACUGCUAGGGAACGUGAAGUCUUCAGACGGAGAACCUGAUCGCGGAAGGCCGAUGAAGGUGGACGAGGCUGCUGUGUUCGUGGACCACUCGACGGCCCCGGCCGACGUCGUCGGACAACGCUGGCGAGGGGAUGUUGCGGUGGUGGGGCUCCCGGGAGGGGGGCUACACAGGCAUGUGCGAUAUUCCUUUUGCAGAGCAUCCACAAUAGUGCUCUCUGCCCACCAUAGCCACGAUCGUUUGUCGGCGAUCAUGAAAAAAGAUGCCCGUACCGGAAGGGGCUGCUGCGAAAGGGCAGAGCUGAUCGGGGAUGGAAAGAUAGGCACAUGGCUGCCUUUGUGCGGAGAUCUUCAGAUCAUGUCUGCUGGUGGAUUCCACAAGCACGGCAGCCAGAGGGUGAGAGUCAAGUUUAACGCUAGGUGCACUGGGAAAGCUUGCGAUGAUCUCUCGGAAAGAGGGGAAUCGCAAGAUGGCGACGCAUUGGAGUUGUGCGAGGUGUUGCUUGCGCAGCACGUCCCGCGAGGAGCUUAUAUCGACGUUGACGAGGUCAAGGCACGCCACGAUUUCGACGUUCUUUCUUCGCCCCCAAUAGGUCGGAGGGUGGGCGUGGAGACCUUUCAGGGAGGGCCGAUUGAUGUCGAGCUACCCUCGUCGGUCUCGGGCCAGCAUCUCGUCAACUUCAACCUGUGGGUCGACAUGUCCGAGAGAGAUCGCGGUCUCGAAGGAGAGGCCAGCAGCAUCCAAGCAGAUUUGACAUUGCCCGUGCACCUCCGGUACCCAGACCCGGGGUGCGACCGACGCGGAGAGGAGUGCGAAGGGUACGCGUGGGUGAAGGCAAGGCUCUAGGCUCCGAUCGAAAAAGUCGCUAA